AUGAAUACAAGCUUCAGUAAUGAAUUACAACAAUUACAAAUGGAAUUGCGUGCUCAAAAUUUUGAUAUUAUUCGAUUUUCAACAUAUCGGACAGCAUGUAAAUUACGUUUUAUUCAAAAGAAACUUAAUUUUCAUCUUCUCGAUUUAUUAAAUGUAAUUGAAUCUCUUCGAGAAUGUUUGACAAGUUUAUCUUUCGAAACUAAUUCAAAUACUGUAACUUCAAUUAAUCUUCGUGAAUCAAAACAAAUUCACUCUCGUUUAUCAAAUAAUAAUAAUAAAUUUCUUUCAAUCAAUCAUUUAACAAUAUUUCUUACAUCAAUCUAUACUAAUUUAAAUAAACGUUUACCAUUAUCACGACAAAUUCUUCAUAUAAAUCAAUGUGUUAAUUCAGCUAUAGCAUGGUUUUUAUAUGUUUAUAAUAGUGAUAAAUUUUCAAUACGUUUUAGUUCAUUUCGUAUUGUACUUAUACUUUUAUGUACUGGUAAAUUAAUCGAUAAAAUGCGUCAUUUAUUUACAUCUAGUCUAUCUGCAACAUCGUCAUCAUUCAAUACAUUAACGUAUGAUCAAGUAGAUGAACUUUUACAUGAAAUUCUUGCAUUACCAUAUGCUUUACAAGAAAUUUCAUACUCAACGUAUAGUAAAACCUAUGCUCGAUCAAUAUUUUCACAUUUAUCAUCACCAAUUACUCUUGAUGAUUUUCUUGAUUUAUUAAUUAAUAGUAAUAGAACACCCAUUUGUUUACAAUGGCUUGUUCUAUUUCAUCGUUUAAUAAGUGUUGAAAAUGUCAUUCAUCGUGUAAAAUGUGCAGCAUGUCAACGUCCAUCAUUUUCUGGUUUUCGUUAUAAAUGUCAACAAUGUCAUAAUGGAACAUAUCAAUUAUGUCAAGAUUGUUUUUGGCGUGGAAGAACUUCUGGUCGACAUUUAUCAACACAUGAAAUGAAAGAAUAUACAUAUUUUAUAUCACCCAAUAAAGAUAUUCGGCAUUCUAUUCGAAAAUCUUUUCAAUGUGUACCAAAAAAUGAAAAACAUAAUCAAUACUUAAAUUCGUUAACAAUUGAUCAAGAACAACAAUUGUCACGAGAAUUCUUUAUUAGAAGUAAUGAACCAAUAUCAAUAAACAACAAUAAAAACAAUUCAAAUAAAAUUGAUAUUGAUGAACAUAAACAAAUAGCUUUAUACACUAAACAACUUACAUUAAUUGAUGAAAAACAAAAAUCAAAUCCAACUGGGAUUCAACCACAAGUAAAGUUUUCCUUCAAUCAACAUCAAUCUCGCCGAGGAUGUACUAAUCAUCAAAGUGAAGAAAAAAAACUCAUGAUCUCAAAACUUGAAGCAGAAAAUAGACGUAUUAUUCAUGAAAUAAAUACAUUGCGUUCAAAACUCAAACAACGAUCUCUAAGUCAUAUGGAUAGUAAUGAUUAUCAUGCAUACAGUGAUACAGAUGUAUCUUCUACAAUAGAAAAACGUUAUACUCAAACAUUACCUAAUCAAUAUUCAAGCGUUCAACGUAGUUUGGAUCCUAUGUAUCAAAUGAGACGUGCUGGUUCAGUUGAAACAACGAAUAACAAUUCAUAUUUCGAAGAUGAAUUACAAACAUUAUUAAUACGUAAACAUCGAUUAGAAUCUCGUAUUCAUCAAUUACAACAAAGUCGAGAAGAAUUAACAUCACAAUUAGAUAAUCUUGGUCGAACUUUACAUUAUUCUCAUGAUUUUCAACCACGAUCAACAAUAUUUAAUUUACAUGAUCGUUUAAAUAUUUCACCAUCACAUAGGAAUUCUCAUGUGUUAGCUUCAAAAAAAAUGUCAUUUAGAAGUUAUUCAACACCUUCAACACCAAUUCAUAAUCGUUUAACGAAUGAUUUACAAACUGAUCUUCUUCUAGCAGCUGAUUCAUUAACUUCAGCUAUGUCAUCACUUGUUCAACAAUUAAAUAAUGAAGAUACUGACUCUCUUAUAUCAGUAUUAAAAUCUGAAAAUAAAUUCAAUUUUUAUCCAUAUGAUAGUGACAAUCGAACAGAUGAAGAAUCAUUUUUAAUAUCUGAUGAUGAUAAUUUUUGA